AUGUCUGACGAUGAGCAACACAACCAGGUUUUCGAGCAGGCAAACGCUGGGGCCUCCACGACCUUCCCCAUGCAAUGCUCUGCUCUCAGAAAGAACGGCCAUGUCGUGAUCAAGGGACGUCCUUGCAAGAUCGUCGAAAUGUCCACCUCUAAAACCGGAAAACAUGGUCACGCCAAGGUCCACCUCGUUGCGAUCGAUAUUUUCACCGCCAAGAAGAUGGAAGAUAUCAGUCCUUCUACCCAUAACAUGGAUGUCCCCCACGUCCGACGUAACGAAUACCAGUUGGUCAACAUCGACGAUGGUUUCCUCAACUUGAUGUCACAGGAUGGUGCUUCUAAGGACGAUGUUAAAGUUCCCGAAGGUGAACUCGGCGCUCAGAUUCAGGCCGAUUUCGAGGAGGGAAAGGAUUUGUUGGUCACCAUUGUCAGUGCUAUGGGUGAGGAGCAGGCCAUUUCUUUCAAGGAAGCUCCCAAGGGCAACUAA